CGCGGCUGUGACGACACGGGUCGCGGCUAGGCGCGCGGCUGAGCUGCGCAGCCCCGGGCCCGCGGCCAUGCCCAAGCGGGGCUGUACCUUCGCGGACGCGGCCCCGCUGCAGCUGAAGGUCCGCGUUGGCCAGAGGGAGCUGAGCCGCGGCGUAUGCGCCGAACGGUACUCGCGGGAGAUCUUCGAGAAAACCAAGCAGCUCCUUUUUCGAGGGGCCCAGGCCUAUAUGGACCACUUGUGGGAGGAAGGCUGUGCCAUCGUUGACCUGCCAGAGUCCCCGAAGCCUGGCCCCACAGAGGCCCUUGGGACCCCCCGUGGGCAGAUGCUGAUCGGACCGGAUGGCCGACUGACCAGGAGCCGAGCCCAGGCCUCCGAAGCUGACCCGUCCGGGGCAGCGACCAGGGCCUGCUCCUCCUGCGUGCGAGCCGUGGACGGGAAGGCGGCGUGUGGCCAGUGUGAGCGCGCCCUGUGUGGGCGGUGCGUGCGAAUCUGCUGCAGCUGCGGGGCCGUGGCCUGCGCGCUGUGCGCCCUUGUGGAGAAAUCCAGGUCACGUCGGCCGCCAGUCCCGCCCUUUGCUCUGGGUCUGCUGUCUCAGUCACUUCGUGAUUUGAUCUCUCGAGGUCUGGUGUCGGGACUGUCGACGUGGUUUUUCCCGGCAGGGUGCUCGCCGUUGGUGGAGGCAGCUGUGGCGACGUUCAGGAGACGGUGCUCUGUGCCAGCUGCGCCACGUUCGAGGCCUGAGGGCCGGGAGCGGACGACAGCCUUCCUGGACGGCCGCGCCAGUGGCGACGCCGAGGGACCCUGGGGGGCGGGGGUGUCUAUUUUAUAUUUUGUACUGAGGGCAGAAGCGAAUAAACCCCUUUAUAUUUGGACCAGAGGACUCGCUGAACAGUUCUGGGGUGUGGCCUUCUGGAGACCUCUGCGCCUGCUCCCCCGUCUUGUACGUGGGAAACGGGCGUCCAGAGUCUGCUAUUUCCAGCCCUUCCAGCCAGCAGUGGUGAGAGAGGACGGACUCUACAGUUCGCGGCCACGGUGCCAGAGCGGCUCAGGGUUGGCGUCCUAGACUGUCCCUCACGUGCCCCCAUCUGGGUGCCCGCGUGGUCGGGGCUCCCGGUGACCUGACAGUCCCUGCUCUCUGGGAGUGAUGGCCGGGCAGUCCUCAUGUCGGAGGCAGCCGAUAGGAGCAGCGGGGCGGCUGGACCAGCAGGCUGUGGGUCUCCGUCACCUGGAGCCUCCACCCUGGUCCCCACACUCGAGGCUUCCCUGCCGUCAGACUCCGCAUCCUAGACGGAGUCU